AAAAGUUCUAAAGGCCACAACCCCCCCUUCUCUCACUCGAGGCAUGAAGAAGCCCUUUUCUGAAGUUGCCCUCCAGACGAGAGAAUCCCUAAAAAGGCCAUAUUUUCCUCUUCCACUCUCAAUCCUCGCAGUGUGAUGGAUGUGAAAGACAGGGCCAUCUCACUAAUCUAUCUCACUAAUCUUAGGACAAAUCUAUCUCAUUAAUCUUAGGACAGGGAGUCUACCGAACUAACAUCACUUGAGAGGUGGGAUGGUGGGAUUGAUGUUUGGUUGACUGCAACGGGUUACUCCUUAUGGAGGUUCAGUGGAAGUCGCCGGAGGUUGGGAUAUCCGACAUCGAGAUAUUAAUUACAACACCUUCACGGGUGGUUCGAUGAAUCCCUGUUUAUGCAACAGAACUGGAAGGAUUUGUCGAUGUCACCAAGCUCACACAUGUCUCUUAGCUCAGGAAGGCCUUAUAUGCCCUAGAACAUGUAGCUCAUGCUUGGUAUAAAGGGUUGCGGAGUUGUCUUUCUUCAACUUGGUUUUUGAAAUUCCCUGGUUGCCAUAUCCUACUCUUUAUCAGAAUGUAAUGGGUGUUCUUCAAAUAGGCCAGACAUCGAUCUCUUAUAUUGUGAAUAAACUUAGUCAGUAUUUACACCUGCCUACUAUUGCCAUUGGCAAAUAUGCCAAUGGGUCUUGUUUUAUCUCAAGCACACCUCCAGCUUUGGUCUUUUCUUUCUUUCAGCCCCUUGUAUCGAAUUGGUAGCAGAAAAAAAGUGUGAAAAGGACCACAAACUCCCAAAUUGGAGCAGUUCUGAGUCCAAACAUUCAAAAGCCUUUAUGCUCCUCUCAUCACAAUUAAUUACUGGCUCUGCUCCAUUUUGACAGCUGAUGGGGGAUAUGUAUGAAAGGCCUCUCAUAUAGGUCCUGACCUGAUAAACAUGUAAUACACACAGACUGCACGCUCUGCACUUCAUUUAUAUAUCUUUACACACUUAAAAGCUGUGGAAGUUCAACUUGAGGGAUAGAGAGCCGUACACACUGUAAAGCUUUCCACAACAUUAAUUAAUUCAAUGAGAGAGAGAGAGAGAGAGAGAGAGAGAGAGAGAGAGAGAGAGAGAGAGAGAGAGAGAGAGAGAGAGUCCAUCUCUUAUAAAACUAAUGACAAUUGCCAAGAAUGAAACGUGAAUGCUUAGAUUUUGAUAGCUGUACAGCAAGAGGAUGAUGGGUUUCUUGAUCAAUUUGGGCUUCUUGUUUCUCUUUCUCUCCAAGUUCAUGGCCUCAAUGGGUGCACCACCAGGUAUGUUCAUCUUCGGUGACUCGCUCUCCGACUCCGGCAACAACAACUUCAUACCAACCCUAGCCAAGUCCAACUAUCCUCCUUACGGCAUCGACUUCCCUCAAGGCCCCACCGGCCGCUUCUCCAACGGCAAGCUCGCCGUCGACAUGAUAGCUGAAAUGCUGGGACUGCCUUUUGCUCCGCCGUUCACUGAUCCAUCGAUGAGUGAUCCUCAGAUUUUUCAAGGUGUCAACUACGCAUCAGCAGCUGCAGGAAUCCUUGAUGAAACCGGCAAGGAAUAUAUGGGUCCAAUACCACUUAGCAAGCAGAUCGAUAAUUUUCGGCAGACAUUACCGAGAAUUUAUUCGCUGUUUGGACAGAACGCGAGUGCGAUGACUUCGUAUCUGAACAAAGUGCUGGUGAUGGUGUCAAUAGGGAGCAAUGACUACUUGAAUAAUUAUCUACGUCCAGACUUAUAUCCAACCAGCUCUCAGUAUACCCCUCUGGCCUUCAGCAACCUUCUCGUCCAGCAGAUUGCUCAACAGCUGGUGGGGUUGUACAACAUGGGGAUAAGACGAUUCAUGGUGUAUGCGCUGGGGCCGCUGGGAUGCACUCCAAAUCAGCUGACGGGCCAAAACUGCAAUGACAGGGUGAAUCAGAUGGUCAUGCUCUUCAACUCUGCUCUCAGAUCUCUCAUCAUCGAUCUCAACUUGCACCUCCCUGCCUCUGCCCUUUCUUAUGCUGAUGCUUAUGGCAUGGUUUCUGACAUUCUCAUCAACCCAUCUCCUUAUGGCUUCUCAGUUACUUCACAAGGGUGUUGUGGUGUGGAGAAUGGGAGGGUGCAAUGGAGCUGCAUUGCUGGUGCGGCACCAUGCAAUAACAGAAACUCGUACGUCUUCUGGGACAGCCUUCACCCAACAGAGGCAUUGAACAGGAUUGUGGCGCAAAGGUCCUUCAUGGGUCCUCAAUCUGAUGUUUAUCCGUUCAAUAUCCAGCAGCUUGUCUCCAUCUAGCUUUCCCCUCCUCCCUCCCUGCCCCUAAUUUCAUUGAUUACUUGUUUCUCAUGUAUAAUUUAAUAUAGAGGCACCAAAAUAAAAACCUCUGUAGCUUGUAAAUUUAAGCACUGAAUCGUCCACGGAGUCAGCUGGGUUUCUCCUGUCUCACUCUGUCAUUUGGAGCCACGUUGUACAGCUCAA